CCCCCCGGCCCUCUUCACCUGCACACCGCACAACCACUCACGACGUCGCCCCCUGUAGAGCUUAACAUGCCAGCCGCCCCCCCUCAUCCUUCAUAUCACCAUGUCGUCUGCUGUUACACUUCCUGCUAUUCCCUCCCGGAUCCUCAGCGUCGGGAAUAUACGUAGGAUUGCGGAUCGUCAUUGAACGGUACCCCUCCCCCAUUCAUCCAUCCAUCCAUCCACGUUGUUUCUGUCACAUACUUAGUCGCCCUUUUCGCCUCCCCCCUUCCCUUCCCUUCCCUUCUUAAGAUGAUGCUGGGGUCCAGGGCGCUGCCUCCUGCUCUCUUCUCCCUGCUCCUAAGCGUUUCCUGCGCGCGCGCCGCUCCCUACGAUUUCCUCGACAACUACCGCAACAAGAGCCCUGCGCCUGCCGACGGCCCCGCGGCGUCCUACCACGCCACGCGCGAGAGGGAUUGGCUGCCGUACGAGGUGUGCGGCGUAGUCGGAGGCUACGUAUUCACAGUCCUGAUCUGGGGCGUGCUGCUGCUCACCGUCGGGAGAAAAAUGCGACGCAAGGCGCUGGAUCCGCCGAAGGCGCUGGAGGUGGAAUUGCAGAGUAAAAAGCCCGUGCGACCGACUGUUAAGACGCCGGCGAGUCCUGCGUCCAGCUGGUUCAGGAAGUUCAAGAAGAACGAUAGUGGCGUUGGGGCGAGUCCGCAGAGUCCGGAGAUUCAGAGCCCGUCGUCGUUUGAUCAGAAGGUUAUUAAUGCUGAUCGCGAGCGGGCGCAGGAUGAUAUGGAGAGGCUGUAUGCGGCGGUUAUGGAUCAUGAUGCGAAGAAACACUCGCCGAGUGUGAGCGUCGAUGAGACGCAGAUUCCGAUGCAGAUGCAGAUGCAGAUGCAGAUGCAGAUGCAGAUGCCCACCCCGGGACGCAGACGCCCAUCCGCAAUCAGCACAACGGGCCUCUCCCAGGAACAAAACAUCCCCACCAUCCCAAUCUCCCCCAUCACCACAGCCACAAGCACAACGCCAACCUACGCCCCGCACCCCGCGCCCCUCCGCCUCCGAGACAACAACAACAACAACAACAACCAUCAACAACCCGGCCCAACCCCCAGCCCCCGCGGCAUCCUCUCGCAGCGCAGCCCCAACCCCCCCAGCGCAAAAUCAACACGCUUCAACCUAAAAAACCUGCGCAUCUCCGGCCCCGCACAAAAAUACCCCGGCGCCGCCCCGGACGACGAAGCCCGCACCCCCCUCUCCCCACGCUUCCAAACCACCCUCCCCUCACACACAAACUCGCCCACAACGCCCUACGACCCAGACGAAGAACUAGACCAAGUCCUCCCCCUGCCCCGUCCGGCGCCGCAACGCCCAGCUGCGCCAAGUAUAACGCUAUCCAGCACCCCGGCCAACUCCCUCCCAUUCCGCAGCUACGCCGCGCCCCUCCAAUCACCUGGUAUUCAGACCACAGUGCUAGACCGUAGAUUGGAUAAACUCAGCCUCACGACACCGAAGACGGGCGUGCCGUAUACGCCGUAUAGUCCGUAUAUGCCGUUUACGCCCGUGACGCCGGUUACGCCGCAUUUGGUUACGAAGCGGGAGAGGAAGGUUAGGGAGAGGGGGGAGAGGAGGAGGAGGGUGGGAGAGGAGGCGCAGGUUAAGAGCGCGGGGGAGAUAUUUGGGGAUGCUUAUUAG